UGGCUUGUUUUUAUUAGAACUUAAAAAGUUAUUACAUUUGUGAACCUCUGUGAGAACAGUUCAAACGCUCUUUUGGAAAAUAUAAAAACAAAGGUAGUUAAGUCACAUGGUAUGGCACAGCAGUGGCCCCUCAUUACAGCCAGGCCUGGGGUUGAGGCUCAUAUGCGAGUGCCUGGGGGCCAGGCCUUUGCCCAGGGGGCCCGGCCAGGCUCAGCCCAAAGGGACGGCAUGGGCCUGACCUCAGGUGGACUCACCACCCACCGAGGGAACCAUAGGGGCUGGGUGCAAUGUGGAUUGGGUGGCAGCUGUCGACAGGGAGCCCGGCAACCAGAUCCCACACAGAGACUGGCUCUAGGGACAGGGAAUGUCACCUCGUUGUGGGGGGAAGGAGCCUGAGCUUGUGAAGGAUGUUGAGAGGUACCGGCUAGAUAUAGUCGGGCUCACCUCCAAAGAAAGCAUGGGUUCUGGAACCCAAUCCCUCGAGAUGGGAUGGACUCUCCACUUCUUUGGCGUUGCCCAUGGUUUGGUUUGGCGGGUUGCUGUGGGUUUGCUUAAGGCCCCACAGCUCAACUGCCUUGUGUUGGAGUUCACCUCAGUGAGGAUCGUGUCCUUACACCUGUGGGUCGGGGACAGUUGCCUCACUGUUGUUUCGACUUACAGACUGAACAGCAGUGCAGAGUACCUGGCUUUCUCGGAGUCCCUGGGAGGGGUGCUGGACAGUGCUCCGACUGGGGACUCCAUUGUUCUACUGGGGGAUUUGAACGCCUUUGUGGGCAGUGACAAUGAGACCUGUUGGGGGGUGACUAGGUUGCACAGCCUACCUGAUCUGAACUCGAGUGGUGUUCUGUUGUUGGACUACUGUGCUAGCCACAGUUUGUCCAUAACAAACACAAGGUUUGAGUACAGGGGUGUCCACAAGUGCAUUCGGCACCAGGACACCCUAGGUCGGAGGUCGAUGAUCGACUUUGUUAUUGUGUCAUCUGACCUCCAGCCACAUGUCGCAGACACUCGGGUGAAGAGAGGAGCAGAGCUGUCGACCGAUCACCACCUGGUGGUGAGUUGGAUCCGCUGGCGGACGAGGAAACCGAACAGACUUGACAGACCCAAAUGUGUUGUAAGGAUCUGUUGGGAACGUCCAGCGGAACCCUCUGUCAGCAUGGUUUUCAACUCCCACUUCCCAGGGAGCUUCUUUCAUGUACCGAGGAAGGCUGGGGACGUUGAAUCCGGGUGGACCAUGUUCUCCACCUCCAUUGUCGUAGCUGCUCGGAGCUGUGGUCGUAAGGUCUCCGGUGCCUGCCGUGGUGGCAACUUCAGAACCCGGUGGUGGACACCAGAUGUUAGGGCUGCCAUCAGUCCUAUCGAGUCUUGUUGGUUGGUAGGACUCCCCAAGGAGCUGACAGGUACAGGCAGGCCAAGGGAACUGCAACCCAAGCGAAAUGCAGCCCAAGAGGUUGUGGAGGCAUAAACUCGGGUCUGGGAGGACUUCAGGGAGGCCAUGGAGGAGGACUACAGAUCAGCCUUGAAGAAAUUCUGGCAAAUCAUCUGGUGCCUCAAGUGAUUUGGCAAAGCAGGUCUCAUUGCCGGCAGUUAGUUGGACCAGUUGCCAGUGCAUGUUGGACUCCGGCAGGGCUGCCCUUUGUCACCCGUUCUGUUCAUCGUUUUUAUAAACAGAAAUUCAUGAUGCUGCAAGGGGCCGGAGGGGUCCAGUUUCGUAGCUGCAGGAUUUUAUUUCUGCUUUUUUCAGAUGAUGAUGUCCUGUUGGCUUCAUUGAACCCAGACCUACAGCAUGCACAGGGGCAGUUUGCAGCCGACCAUGAAACGAUGGGGAUGGGGAUGAGGGUCCGAGCCCAUGGUCCUUGACCGGAAGAAGGUGGUGUGGCCUCUGCAGGUCGGCAGAGAAACCUUGCCCCAAGUGGAGGACUUCAAGUAUCUUGGGGUUAUGUUCGAUGACUGGGCGCUCCCCCAGAGAUAGGAUGAGGAACUCAGAGUAGAGCUGCUACUCCUCCACAUUGAGAGAAGCCAACUGAGGUGACUCGGGCAUCUGUUUAGGAUGUCUCCUGGAUGCCUCCCUAGGCAGGUGGGGAGGUGUUCCGGGCGCACCCCACCAGGAGAAGGCCCUGGCGAAGACCCAGGACACGCUGGAGAGAUUAUCAUCUCUUGUCCGGCCUGGGAAUGCCCCGAGAUGCUUCCGGAAGAGCUGGAGAAAGUGUCUGGGGAUAGGGAAAUCUGGGCAUCCCUACUUACACUGCUGCCCCCGUGACCCAGGCCGGAUAAGCGGUGGAAAAUGGAUGGAUGAAUAGACGUUUGUGACAUGGAUUGUUUGAGUGUG